UUAAAACAACAAAAUUGAAGUGUGUGAUUUUAGCAAUUGAAGUAAAAUAUAUAUAAAUUUAACUGAAUAAUAACAACGUUUUUCUUGAGCAACAAAAUGUACCGUUAAAAGUUUAAAACUCAUUGAUGUUGCUGGCUGUUCAUGAAAGCUACAACAUCAACAAAAUUAUCAACAGCAGCAGCAGCUGUUUGACUUAACCUGCAUCUCUACCUUUAAACAUCACCAACAACGUUACCAAUAUCAUCGUUGAUAUUAUAAUCGCAGUCUUCUUAAGCGUUUUAACCAAAAAGCCAAAUACUCAUACACACUUUCUCAAACCCCUGCUGUGUGCUUUCAAGUGUAGCUGGGUUAGAGUGAGAGUCCUUCUCAGUAUUUAUAAGGUUCAGUGUCUCAAAAAUUCCUCAGAAAAACUUGAUAUGUAUGUGUUUACAACUCAUCUGUGCUACUUCGUCCUCUGCAACUAACUCUCCUUUCACCUACACAGUUUAUAGUUCGUUGUUACCAUUAUAAAGCUUCGUUUGCAAAAGCAACAACAACAACCAAUUUAUUUAUUGGUUGUUUCGUCGGCUUUGGCUUGUUUCCUUCCGUUGUUUUGCCAUGCAAUCGAAUACAAGUCGUGCUACUUUAAGUGCACAAUCAUCGGGUACACCUUCGGCAUCAACUAUAUCCUCAUCUGGAAAGCAACAAGUGGUUGAAUUAUCGGGUUAUGUUAUUAUCUUGGUAGAAAAUGUUGAUGGUAAAAUCAAAUUAUACGGCUCACCACCCGAUCGUGAUAAUUUGGAAGUGGGCGAUGAGAUACUCGAAGUUAAUGGUUUAACAUUGGAUAAUAUAUCGCGUACGGAAAUUAUACGGCAUAUACAUGAUUGUAUCAAAUCCUGUACAAUUUGUUUGCGUGUACGCAAGAAAAAUGAUUCCAGGCUGGCUUGGGACAUUGGCAACUCGGUACAAGACGCCUUUGUUAUAGCGGUUGAGGAGCAUGCCAGGGAACGUUUGCAGCGUUUAGCGGCCUUAAAUCGUGUAACACCGGUGGAUAUAACACAGCUAUCGAAAAAGUUACAACAGACGAAAGGUGGUGCACCCUCAACACAAAAACACGAUUUAAGUUUCCUAAAUGAAGCCUCCCCCAUCUAUGUGACCUCAUUCAAUAGCAAUCAUACGGCCUGCAGUAGUACGACCUUAACAACAGCAUCGACCUCAGCAACAGCUGGUCUAAUAAGUGCAACAACAAUAACACCAACAGCAAUAGCGUCAACAACGACUAAUGCAAGUUCAGUUAAAUCAACGCAACAAACAACACAACAACCACCCAGCAGUGGUGGAGGCAUAGCAUUACUGGCCACAGCCACCGUAGCAGCAGCAACAGCUGGUAGUAGUAAACAACCUACAGCAGCAACAAUAAGCAACAAUACAACAACUGCUAUAGCUGGAAUAGCAGGCGAUAGGAAUGUCAACAAUAAUUAUCAACAAGUUGCAUUAACAGGAACAACAGCAACAGCAGCAGUUAGUACUAGCAACACCAACAACACCUCAAUAUUGACAAAUCAUAAUAGUAUAUUCCAAGCUACACCCUUAUCAAAAUUACCCCCCGGAUUGCAGCAUAAAAAACUGACUAUAGCCCGCAGUCUACAGCAUUUGGAAGUAAAGGAAGAGGAUGAUGAUGACGAUGAUUUGGCGGCUUUAGGUGCUAAUCUGUGUAAUAUUAAUUUUAUUAACUAUAAAAAUAAACAUGCUGAAAUACCCACACCCACAGCCGCCACCGUUGUAAGCACCCCCUUUAAUAAUAGCACACAUAGCUCCACAGCGCCUUUAAUAGCGGGUAAUAGUUCCACUUUGGGUCGAAGAAAAUCACAAACCAAUACCAUAAGUGCCACAGUGGAUGUACAUCAAACGACCUCAACAACAGCAGCAGCAAAAGCAUCAACGUAUCACGAUCAUAUACCACCGCCUUUACAACUACCCCCGCCCAAUAAAAUCUAUGUGGAUGCGCAAACUUUAACCUCGCCCCGUUUAGCCAAGGAUGUGGUAGAUUUACCUCACACAGCGAAAACAGCACCUCAACCCAUUGUGCAGCAACCUUUACUUCUCAAUAAUAAUAACAAUAAUUUAAAAUCAUCACAAACUACUGCAACAACAGCAGCAGGAGUAGCUGGAGCAACAGCAGCAACAUCAUCACUGGCCACAGCCUCAUCGUUAGCAGCUGCAGCAGCAACCGCAACAGCUUUACUUCAUUCGAAUAAUAACUGUAAUACAACACAAAAAUUAUCAUCGACCUGUAGUAAUUUAUCAAAUUCAGCAAUUGCCUCAAAUGCCCAGUUAACACAAGCAACAGCAGCAGCAACUAAUACUACUACAUCAUUAAUAACAGCAGCAGCCACAACUGUAGCUCCAACAUUAGGAGCAACAUCAGUACCACCAUUAUCAUCAUCAUUACCAACAUCAUCACAUAUACCAAGCCUUUCGAAUAGAGGGCAACAAAUAUCAGCAACAAAUCUUAUUAGUAGCAAUAAUUGUGAUUUAUAUAUAACAACAAAUAAUCUACAACAACAAAAACAACAACAGCAGUUACAGCAGCAGCAGCAGCAACAACCACCGAGAAGAGAGUUACUAACCGACGAUGAUGAUGAAGAAAAUGAUGACGUUUUACAAUUAAAUACAAAUAGUUUAACUAAUAAUUUAACACAAUUAAGUUAUAGUCCAAAUAGUAGCAUAUCAAAAGGCGGUUUUGAAUUAUUAUUAGGCGAUCAAUCGUUAAGACAAGACAUCAGGCCCCGCCGCCGUUCCGGCUCUAGUAUAGUGGUUUUAGAUAGUGAAGAUUUAAAACCCUGUCUACCCGAUGUUUAUAAUAAUUUACCACAUCUACGACAAACAACAAACGAAGAAGAUACACAAGAAAUUGAUCAGGAAUUGUAUACCACCAUGUUGAAGUCCAUAAAUCAAGAUAAUGGACCUCAUCGUGAGAUGGCUGUGGAUUGUCCCGACAAUUUUAUAGCACGCAAUAAAACACCUCCGCGUUAUCCACCACCCCGUCCACCACAGUCGCAGAAACUUAAUAAUGCCUUGAGUUUGAAGGGUAAAACGGCGCCGGUAACCAAUAAUCCGAAUGGCAAUGCUGGGGUAGGUUCUCUAGCUACUACGCCUGAUGAUUUGGAAUUAAUGGUUGAUACUUUAUAUCGUAAAGGCUCCUCCUCACAUUCCUCGUCGUUUGAAUGUGAGGUUUUGAGCAAGAAAUCGGGCGAGUCAUAUGAUUCCAUUUCCUAUCGCCAGUUGACUAAUAACAAUAAUAAUCAUCUUAAUAAUAAAGCCUCGCCUCCCAAUAACCAGCAUACCACCACCUCCUCCUCUUCUACUUCUUCCCUUCAUAACAACAAAUCCAAUGGUCUUUCUGCAGAGGUUUUAAAUGGCUGCCUUAAUACCGGCAGUGGUGAUUCUCUAACCAGCAUCACCAGUUCUAGUUCUACUCCUCCGCCGGAGUAUGAACUCAAAGAAUUUUCCUCUAAAUCUAGCAUUUUACCUCCCUUAAUAAAACAUCGUGAAUUACCUGUUGAUGUUCCCGACAGUUUUAUCGAAAUAGUUAAAACUCCGCCUCGUUAUCCUCCUCCCGCUCAUUUGUCUUCUCUCUCCUCGCAAAUUUCUUCUUGCUCUUCGGCCUCUACGGCCAAUACUACCCUAACGCGCAUUAACUCUUGCAAUAACUCCAAUACCGAAUCCCAUAAUAUGAGUUUUUCGCCUCAAUCCUUAAAAAAUCAGCAAGAAACUUCUUUGAUUUCCACCAUGUCUCUCAACGGUUCCUAUGAGGACUUUCAACAGCAGCAGCAACAACAAGGAUUUCAUCAAAUGGGUGGCACACAAAAGCCUCAGCCUCAAGUGGCCGGUAAACGUUUAGAAGAGUUAAAUGGUUCCCUAAAACCAGUACCACCGCCUCGUGAUACAGUGCGCGUGGAACGUACACCCCAGCCGCCACAACUGCCCGAUCGUCGUGGCAUGCCUUUGAGCAACAACAAUGUAGCGAUGGCUCCUCAACAGAUAGCGCAAAUAGUAGAGCCCACACUCGAGCAGUUGGAUAGUAUUAAAAAAUAUCAGGAACAAUUACGACGUCGCCGUGAGGAGGAAGAGCGUAUUGCCCAACAAAAUGAAUUCUUACGCGCCAGUUUACGGGGCUCUCGCAAACUUAAAGCUUUGCAGGAUAACAAGUCGGCGGCCCAACAACAGCAACCGGUGGCGGCUGAACGUUCGGUGGUAGGAGUGGAAAAUGAAGCUUAUAUAGAAGAUGAAGAUGCAACAGAGAAAAUAACUGGUUAUGGCGAUCUUAUAGCCGCCCUGACACGUCUACAAAAUCAACUUACCAAAAAUGGCAUGACCACACUCGCCGGCCGAGUGUCGGCCGCCCACAAUAUACUCUCCAAUCCGGGAGUGGCUCAUGCUUUAGCAGCCCGCCAGGCUGUCCUCCAACGUAGACGACCCAAAGUCAAUCAACCCGUCAGUACAAACGCCAUGGAAUUGCAAAAGGAUAUCGUCGAGCUGUUGGCCAAAUCCAAUUCUGCCUCAGCCAUUGAAUUGGGCAAUUUACUGACCAGUCAUGAAAUGGAGGGUCUUUUGUUGGCACACGAUCGUGUGGCCACACAUACCGAUGGCACGCCUUCGCCUACUUUAAGUGGUGCGGGUAGUCCGCAACCGCCGCUAUCGCCUAGCAGUGGUACGAACGUGACAGCAGCAGCACCGCCACCUUUACCGGUACCACCCAAGUCGGCUUCUCUGAGGGGUACCGCCGUGCCUCCACCAGUGGUGCCACCACCUUUGGCUCAACGCGGAGCCAUGCCUUUGCCACCCAAUGUAGCGCCCCACAAUGCUACGAGUGGCGGACAGACGGGCUAUGCCCAUAUGAAACCGACGGGUCGUCCCGACUCUCCACCCCUGAGUGCCUGCUUUGGCAUACUCAACGAUCAAAAUGACAAUAUACGUAUUAUACAAAUUGAAAAAUCGACUGAACCCCUGGGGGCCACCGUGCGCAAUGAAGGCGAGGCGGUGGUUAUAGGCCGCAUAGUAAGAGGAGGAGCCGCUGAGAAGUCGGGUCUUUUACACGAAGGCGAUGAAAUACUCGAGGUGAAUGGUCAAGAGCUAAGAGGCAAGACCGUUAAUGAGGUGUGUGCCCUGCUAAGCACCAUGCAGGGUACUCUAACAUUCCUUAUAGUGCCCGCUGGCAGUCCACCACCCGGUGGCGGCCUACAUCGCGAAAAUGCUAUAUUACAUGUCAGAGCCCACUUUGAUUAUGAUCCCGAGGAUGAUUUGUAUAUACCCUGUCGGGAAUUGGGCAUUAGUUUUCAAAAGGGCGAUGUUUUGCAUGUUAUCUCGAGGGAAGAUCCCAACUGGUGGCAGGCCUAUAGAGAGGGAGAGGAAGACCAAACUUUGGCUGGUCUUAUACCUAGUCAAUCAUUCCAGCAUCAAAGAGAAACCAUGAAACUGGCCAUAGCCGAAGAGGCCGGAUUGCAGGGUAAAAAUCGCGGCAAAGAGGGUGCUAGCAAAGGUUCCACUUUGCUGUGUGCGCGCAAGGGACGCAAGAAGAAAAAGAAGGCCAGCUCGGAAGCGGGCUAUCCUUUAUACGCCACCACCGCCCCCGAUGAAACAGAACCCGAGGAAAUACUCACUUAUGAAGAGGUUGCCUUGUACUAUCCGCGUGCCACUCACAAACGUCCCAUAGUCCUGAUAGGUCCUCCCAAUAUCGGACGUCAUGAAUUGCGUCAACGUUUGAUGGCGGAUUCGGAAAGAUUUUCUGCCGCAGUACCACAUACUUCAAGAGCUCGACGCGAGGGUGAGGUACCCGGCGUGGAUUAUCAUUUUAUAACACGUCAGGCGUUCGAGGCCGAUAUCUUGGCUCGUCGUUUUGUGGAACAUGGUGAAUAUGAAAAGGCUUAUUACGGCACUUCUUUGGAAGCCAUACGCACUGUGGUGGCCAGUGGUAAAAUAUGUGUUCUCAACUUACAUCCACAAAGUUUAAAACUGUUAAGAGCUUCGGAUUUGAAACCCUAUGUUGUGCUGGUGGCACCGCCUAGUCUGGAUAAGUUGAGGCAAAAGAAAUUAAGGACUGGUGAACCGUUUAAGGAGGAAGAACUCAAAGAUAUAAUUGCCACCGCCCGUGACAUGGAGGCCCGCUGGGGUCAUUUAUUCGAUAUGAUUAUUAUAAAUAAUGAUACAGAACGAGCUUAUCAUCAGCUUUUAGCUGAAAUCAAUUCCCUAGAACGUGAACCCCAAUGGGUACCAGCCAGUUGGGUGCAUAACAACCGUGAAGAGUCAUAACUUUUUUAAAAACAUAAUAAUAAUUUCAAAAAUUAAACUAAAUAUGAAUGAAAGUGAAACUAGAAAAACAUUAAAAUUUUGUAUAUAAAAAAAGAAAAAACAAACUAAAGAUAUUAAGUGAGAAACAAAGUUAAAACAAAAACCUGGGCAAUAUUUUAUUUUUUUUAAUAUUUUAUAAUUUGUAGAUAUUUUUUUAUGUUUUUUAAUAAUUUUUGUUUAAUUUGUAUAUUUUUUUUUUAAUACAUUAAUUUUUCCUUAAAAUAAUUUCUUUAUAAAAUUUUUAAUUACUUAAAAAAGUGUUAAAGAAAUUUUCUUUAUUUUUUUCAUCCAAACUUCGUUAAACAUUCCCCCCCAAAAUUUACUAACAUUUUCAUUUUAGUUUAAUUUUUUAAUUUUUCACGAAAAUGUUAAGUUUAAGUUUUUUUUUAGAAUUUAACUUUAAAAAUUUAAAACUAAAUAAUUAGUUAAGACAAAAGAAAAUA